AUGCCGCUGCGGACGGGGUGCCCCCCCCUCCCCGAGAUGGUAGCCAGACAGGGGUUUUCCCCAGCGCAGCUGACAUAUUGGUCCAAUAACGUCCAGGGACUCAAUACACCAGAAAAGCGCUCACACCUGCACCGACAGCUGUGGACGGCAAAAGCGUCCGUAGCGUUCCUGCAGGAGAUGCACCUCAGAGGCGAGGACGCACCCAGAUUGGAAAAUCAACGCUUUCCAUUAGGAUUCUACGCAAACCAUACUGACACCAAGAAAGCUUGGGUGGCGAUCCUUUUCGCCCACACAACUCCAUUCCAAUGCAAGAAAACCCUAGCAGACCCCAACAGACGAUAUCUCUUCCUUAAAGGGACAAUCGCGGACCGCGUAUACACCUUCACGUGCCUGUAUGGCCCAAACAAACAAUAA